CAUAUGCAAGACACAACAGUUUUGUCGAUCUAUCUAAUCAGAGCAUUCGGAAAGCGAUCCUAUUUCAUUAUUUCACAAAAUAAAAUGUUCGGUGAUCUUUCUGAUUGCAUGGGAAUGGAUGAUGUAUCCGUCAUUAUUACGUCGGAUGCUGAAGAUUGUUCGAUCGACAUUUCAUGUUGUGGCUCGAGAACAGAUGCCUGCGUUCGGUCGAGAACAGAUGCUUUCGCUUGGUCGAAGGAGAUGCGCGUAAAGUACAUAACAGAUUCAUGCACGAAUGAUUCGACGGACCCUUCUGGGUCUACGUCAAGAGAUGUGCUGCAUGGUACUACGAAAGAUGCGGUGGAUGCUAUGUUGAUAAUAGAUGUAACUGAUGGAUCCGUCAUUAUUACGCCGGAUGCUGAAGAUUGUUCGAUCGACAUUUCGUGUUGUGGCUCGAGAACAGAUGCCUGCGUUCGGUCUAGAACAGAUGCUUUCGCUUGGUCGAAGGAGAUGCGCGUAAAGUCCAUAACAGAUUCAUGCACGAAUGAUUCGACGGCCCCUUCUGGUGAGUUGAGCAAAGAAGCGUCGACUUCAACUUCAACAUUUAGCACAUUGGUCAGUUGGCUCUCCAUCACAAACUCAUUUAUAGGGUCUACGUCAAGAGAUGUGCUGCAUGGUACUACGAAAGAUGCGGUGGAUGCCAUGUUGAUAAUAGAUUUAACGGAUGGCGAGUCGAUAGUUGUACUGGAUGGCACCGAGAAUCGUGAAGUGUCGUUUCCAAUUGUUGUCUCCGAAUGUUCGAAGAUCCGCCAAAAGUCCUCCAAUUCUGUUAAAUAAAUGUCCUCGAAUUGGAGUAACUUAAUCCACGUUGCUUCCUGAUCGGUGUCGUCCAAAUCAAUAAUGGAGCCAAUGUUUAGCGAUAGAUUCUUUGCCAUUUCGAGUGACUGCUGACAGCAAUGAUAUUUGCUUUAAUUAUUUCAUCACAAUAAUCACAAUAAUGUAUGAACAAUCUUUAAAUUGAACUAAGAUGGAAUAGUUCGAUGUUAAAUUGACCUAAAUUUAAAAUUUGAGAACCCGAUGUUGUGGGAAUGUUAAAUUAAUCUUAAGGCCACAAAUAAGAAAUGUUUUCAAUGUCGAAAGCCUUGCCAUAUUUAAUGGCUACUAAAAACUUUGAAUUGAAAGCGAAUUUAUCGCAAGAGUAGAAAAUAAGCAGAAAAAAACUUUAUCAAAAAACACGAAAAAUUGAAUAAAUUUGCCCCACAAUUUACACUUUGCUCUAUUUCACGCACUUCAACAUUUUAAAUAAUAACAAUACAGCUGAUUUCGUUGUUAUACAACUCAUCAGUGCACCUUUAUCAUCGAUAAUCAUGUGCAUAUCAGCUGCCGUACUGUUUAAGACUGAACACAGAUCUAAACAUGUACGACCACUCUUCGCAAAAAAGUACCGUAGAAACAGAACAAAGCGCGUCUAUGUAGGCAAACUCAUU